AUGCGGUCCCAGGACGGCGCCGGGGAGCCCGGCGAGGUGGCCGAACCCGGGCUGGCGCUGACUGUCGAGGCGGCCCCGGGCGCGGGCGAGGAGCCGGCGGCCGCGGAGGCUGAGGAGACGCCCGGCGGCGACGGCAGGUGCUGGCUGUGCCGUUCCUCGCCGUGCUGCUCGCGCGCGGAGCCGGAAGCCAAGAAGAAAGCACCCUGUCCUGGACUUGGCUUGUUUUACACAUUAUUAUCUGCCUUCCUUUUCUCAGUGGGCUCUUUAUUUGUUAAAAAAGUGCAAGACGUCCAUGCUGUAGAACUUAGUGCAUUUCGAUGUGUGUUCCAAAUGCUAGUUAUUAUCCCUUGCUUAAUAUACAGAAAAACUGGGUUUAUAGGCCCAAAAGAUCAACGCAUUUUCCUCGUUCUCAGAGGACUCCUUGGUUCUUCCGCCAUGAUCCUAUUAUACUAUGCUUACAAGACAACGUCCCUCGCCGAUGCCACAGUUAUCACGUUUAGCUGCCCAGUGUUCACGGCUUUGUUUGCUUGGAUAUUUCUCAAGGAAAAAUAUAGCCUGUGGGAUGCUUUUUUCACCUUUUUCACGAUCGUUGGAGUGAUUCUUAUCGUGAGACCACCAUUUCUGUUUGGCUCCAACACUUCCGGGACAGAAGGAAACUAUACAGUCCGUCUUUUGGGCACGUUAGCAGCGGUUGCAAGUGCUGUGUUCGCUGCCAUGACUCUAGUUAUCCUCAGGAAAAUGGGAAAAUCUGUGGACUACUUUCUGAGCAUCUGGUAUUACGUAAUCAUUGGCCUCACGGAAAGUGUCAUUGUCCUCUUCGUGAUAGGAGGGUGGAGUCUGCCCCCCUGUGGGAUAGACAGACUUUUUCUCAUCCUCAUCGGGCUCUUUGGUUUGGGGGGUCAGAUAUUUCUCACAAAAGCAGUUCAGAUAGAAAAGGCAGGGCAUGUAGCAAUAAUGAGGACAAUGGAUGUGGUAUUUGCCUUUAUCUUUCAGAUCAUUUUCUUUAACGAUAUGCCAUCAUGGUGGACAGUGGGUGGUGCUUUCUGUGUGGUAGCCAGUAGUAUUGGAGCAGCCACUCGGAAAUGGAUCCAGAAUUCCAAAUGAAACAUCAUUGCUGAUUUUGUUUUUAAACUGUCACCCAUUUCAGACAUGACAGCAUACACACACACACACACACACACAACUGGAAAAUCUGCAUUUAUUGAUUGACUUUUAUCCAAUAAAUUUUGUAAAUAAAGUACCAUUUUUGAAUAUGAUAUGUGUUUAAUUAGUGAAGAAUAGCUGGUCUCUUUGGCUUAGCAAUUCUUUGUAGCUUUUAUUUUGGUUCAGGUUUGUCUUGUGGUAAAAGGAAAGCUCAUUAUUUGAAGAAAAGGUACUAAAGUUUUUAUGACUAAUAAUAUGUGACUUUAAAAAUAUUUUUUGGAAUUGGUGUGGUAUGGGUGAGAAAGAAAUUUUAGGUAUUAGCAUUAUGGAGCCUAAGAAACCUAUCGAUUAUGCUGCUAUAAUUAGUAUUAUGUUGGCAGUGCAAUUUGCAACAUAGUUCCAUUUAGGAGACCAAAGCUGAAAAUUAGAAUAGGUGCCUAACCAACAGUGUAAAUAGUGCAAAUGAACUGGCCUUAUUUUUAAGGAUUUUUUUUUAUAAAUGAUCAUCCUGUUAACUCAUAUUUGUGCCUUUUAUUUUUAAUGCCGGGAUAUUUAUGUAUUUUCCUGAAGUCUUUAAAUUGCCAAAGUUAGCUAAUAUUUUUCUGUUUCAGUGGGAUUUUGAUCACUGAAGCCUUCAUUUUGUGGUUGCAAUUGUCCUCUGGUUUUUAAAACUGCAGUACGUUUCGCUGGCACUCCCAAGACUUCAGAUCUUUGCAGCAAAAGAAAGAGAUUGGUGUGGCCAGUGUGCCCAUCCCCUCCUCAAGUGUUUCCUCCUCAAUAGAGAAGUGGAUUUUCUUUGAAGUUGUUGUGUGAUGCCAAAUGCAAUUCUUUCAGGAUCCUACUAGGUUGAACGACAUGAAAUUGCCAAAAUUUUGCCAUUUCAACUUGCCAAACCUAUUGUUUCAUAAGGUUCAUUCUAAUAGAUACCUCCCUUUAUCAACUAAAUAAAAUGCUUAGAGAAGUUUGAACUCUUAAUUUUUAGCAAACUGAAAAGGUACAAUGGUACCAUUAAACUAUAGUCUUUAUUCUUUAGGAAAUUGUAUGAUGCUGUUUUCAUCUUAUAUACCAAAUAUAUAGACUUAUGAAUCCAUGGUUAAUCAGUUUUGAGAGUUUAUUUCAUAGAAAAAAUUGUCAAAUUUUAGUCUAGCAAGAUGAUUUUAAAUGUCAAGGCUAACCAUGAAUUCAAGUAAUACAUUUUGUAGCUGGAACUUCAUCAGGGUAAUAAAGAAUUUAAUAUCUAGAAAAGCUUGGGAGGUUAAUGAGGAUGCAGUGAUUACAGGAAAAUGAUUCCUUGUCACAGGAAACUUUUGUUGUUGAGGGUUUUAGGGACCCUAGCUCUUGCCAUGUCAAAUAUAACAGUUACUAUUAUCUUAAGCCUGAAGAGUCAGAUUAUAAUGUCCCCUCCGCUUGCCACAGUUCCUCCAAAGCAAGGGGGAGCUUGUUUUUAGGGAUUUAGGCUUUGGUAAGAAAGGAUCUUUUCCCACAGUCCCAUGGGGAGAAAUUUUGGCCUGUUGGUUUUAUCUAAUACCACCUGGCAAAUCCUAAAUGAAGUCCUUUUGGGUGAGUCAUCUUAUAGAUAAUUGCAGAAUCUGCAUGUUGGAACUCAGAGAUAUCCUAGAAGUCCUCUUGGGGAAGCCACCCUCCACAGAUUGGAAUUGUAGACACGCCCAAAUUGGGUUUUCAUGAUAAAGCAGGGAAUUAAACCACUUCUUGCGUUGCCUUUGUUGAGUGAACUCUCAGGGAUCCCUCUCCCAGUUCUUUAGCUUGCUUUAAUAUAAGAAACACACAUGUGAUUUGGAAAGUUAAGAUCCCUUUGGAUCUAUAUGCUAGAGACAUGUUUUAUUUCAACAGUAUGACCCGAGUACUUGAAUGUCACAUUGUAUGACUCAAGAUGGAGAAAAUGUUUCUCCCAACUUUUGCAGGGUGUGAAUCUUGAACACUUGCAGUGUCCAGGGUGUGCACAAGGAUGUAUUGUUAACAAUUAUGAGUGUUGUUUGUUUUGUAAAGAUUAUAUUUUCUAUAUCUUGAAAAAACUUGAUAAAUUGUUUUUAUUUUGUAAGUAUGAAUAAAAUAAUAUAAAAA